AUGGACUACAGCAACGGAUUUUUAACUGUGUGCAUCUUGACCUUCAGCACAGCCGUGUGUAUCCUUGGUCUCAUUCUCGGUGUUGUCUUCAUCUUCUUCCAGCGACAAAGGGACGAGCACCUACUGGACGAUAUUCACCAUACCACAAGUACUAAGAAAUUAUCGGGUUCCAAACUAUUCUUCGAUUGGCUCCUACAAGAAAAGAGCAACAGCAGCACAGCCCGCCACAGCAGCAGCAACAAGACCAACAAGAACAACAAGAACAACAAGAACAUACCCAACGGAGGCGCCUAUUGGCGAAAACUUGUAACACGGGGUCAAGAUUUAUGGCGUGAGGGGUGGAUUACAGAGUUCAAUGAGAGAGUUUGGGAGAGUGACUUGUAA